AACUGCCACAUUUCAAACUAGAAUGGCGACGGCCUUAUGCAGUCUACAAUCUACCGGCAGCAAACCAGCGAAGCUACACCGAGAGCACAGAAGAAAGGCGAAGGACUCAAGAAGGCGGCAGGCGGCCCUCUUGUUUCUUACCAAUAUCUCACUCGACGGGCGCCCCCUUUGUCAAACUAGCGAUGGAAAUACCGACCAGAACGCCGGCGAGGAGCUCCGACUCAGGGAGAGAGACGUCGGCACAACCGACGUACCCCUACCGGCGGUCAGCCAGCCAUCGGUCUCCCAGGUGACAGAGCUCGCCGUAGCGGGCAGUGGCUCGUCCUCCAGUGUCCAGGGGGUGGUCAGUCCUUCCCGACCUUCUUUGGUAAUGUCCCCCGGGCAAGUCGGGGCAAGUGCUGUGGGGGCUAACGAGGUAUUUUUGGAGGGAGGCAGUGUGGCCGAGACGCUAACGCCGGACACCCCACUGUCCCCUUUGCCCACUGUACACCAGCCGUGCUCUCGGGUCAGGUCAACACCCACCGCGCUGAGCCCGGUACCUUCCGGGAAUCCUCAGGAUACACGGCAGAGAUUGAGGAAUGUCUCUGGUUCUCCUGGGCCCAAGGUGCCAAAGAAGGUCCACUUCAUCAAGAGCAUGAGGCAGUAUGAUACCAGGGGAUGCAGGAUUGCGCUGAUUUGUGCCAAGCGGUCGCUUUAUGCUGUUUUCUCAGUGCUGCCCUAUGGAGAGAGUGCUCACCUCAGUGAAGCAAAGCUGGAGGCUCAGAGACAAAGGUUGUCGUCCGUGGUGGUGGUUGACCUGCUGCCUUCCCUGGAGGGGUUGGAGCUGGGGGCCUAUGGCAAGACAGUGUCGUAUGCCCAGUUUCUUUAUCCGACCAAUGCCUUGGUAAGGCAGAAAAACAACAACGGAACAGCAGAGAGCUGCACAGCUCAGACCCCUCAGCCACGUUUCCGUGGCAACGGGCAGAGGAACUUCACCCCUGCUCGCCCGAACAACGGCAUUGCUCCAGACCCAUGUACAGAGGAGGUGGUGGAGUACGAUCCCAACGUGCUCAGUGACCCUCAGUGGCCCUGUGGCAGACACAAGAGGGUUCUGAUAUUUGCAUCAUAUGUGACAACUGUGGUGGAGUACGUGAAACCAUCUGACCUGAAGAAGGACAUGAAUGAGACUUUCAAAGAGAAGUUUCCUCACAUCAAACUAACUCUGAGCAAGAUAAGAAGUCUGAAGAGGGAGAUGCGGGCCGUGAGCGAGGAGUUCGGUCUGCAGCCGGUUACCACAGCGAUGGCUUUUGUUUACUUUGAGAAGCUGGUGCUGCAGGGCCGCCUCAAUAAGCAGAACAGGAAGCUGGUGGCGGCGGCGUGCGUGUUGCUGGCUGCAAAGAUCAGCAGCGAUCUGCGGAAACCAGAAGUUAAACAGCUGAUUGAUAAGCUUGAGGAGCGUUUCCGUAUAAACAGACGAGAGUUGAUUCCUCUCGAGUUCCCCGUGCUGGUUGCCUUGGAGAUGGGACUUUACCUCCCAGAGAGCAAGGUCAUGCCGCACUACCGCAGGCUGGUGCAGCAGGGUUAGACCGGAUCCGGGGAAGUCUGACACUCCAGUGGUUUCAUUACCAACAUCAGCAGGUGUGUGUCUGUGUGUGUGUGUGUGUGUGUGUGUCUGUGUGUGUCUGUGUGUGUGUGUGUGUGUGUGUGUGUGGUAAAGUCAGUAGAACUUUAAAUUAAAUAUGACCUUGCGUGUGUGCAUGUGUGGAUGGACCAGUUAAUAAGCUGUGGUGUUUCUUCUGGUACUAUUUAUGUCUGUCAUUUGAGACUCGAGUCACUCACUGUAUAUGAAGAAUGACUGGUUUACACUUGUUGGCAAAUAUAGUGGACAAGAUGGGAUGUGUGUUUUAUGUGUGCCAUUCUGAUGUUGAUCCAUGAGCUCUAUGUUAGAGAUGGUCAAUGAGCACAUUAAUGGUGCUUUUAUUUCUUUAACUCCUGACCCUUUUUUUUUUUUGUACUCUCACUUUGUAUUUACCAUAAAUGACAUGGGCGCUGUGAUGUUUGUGUUUGAAAACACUUCACCUGCACCUUUCUCUUUACUAUACACAGCCAGCCUGUAUAGUAUUUAUUAUAACAAAGAACUCACUGUUGAUUUUUGUGUAUGCCUUUUUUAAUUCACUGUGACACUGAAGUGUUUUUAACCAUUCAACUGAAACAUGACACUGUAGGUUGAUUAUGUGUGAAAUGUAAUAUUUGGUUGUAAUUGGAAAUUAAGGAGGCCUUUUUAAUUUAUGCUGAUUUUAUUUUUCUACUGUUGUGCCACAAUAAUGGAGCCGCAUUCAUAUAUUUAUCCUGUUCUUGCAUUUUAGAGAGUUCCCACUCCUGUGCCAGCUCUGUGUUCUGACUUUACAGAUCUACAGAAUUACUACUGUGUUGUUGUGAUGAACAGGAUUGAGGAGGCAUGUGAUUACAGUACAUGUUUUUGUUUUUGUUUUGUGAUAAUACCCAGGGAUUUGUCUUCUUAGGAAAAAUGCACUGGUCACGCUGUUUGUCAAAUAUUCAGUUCUCAGGAAUUUUACUUUCUACUUAUCUUUGAAUGUCUCAUCAUAUCGUAUCUAACCCAAAGAGAUGUUUAAAAUAGGGAUGCACCGAUCUCAAAAUGUUCACUCUAAAUGGCGAGCUCUGGGCUGUUGAUGCUGAAUAUGACUAGGAGUAUUUAGAUAAUAAGCUCCAUCAUUUUCCUAAAAUUGUGAAGUAACAUGCAACACAUAAGCAGAUAAAGACGUGCCAUUUUUCAUGUUAACUUAAUUAUUUGUUAAUAUAAUUGUGCAACAGCAAAGUGCUAAGGAAAUCUGUCAGUGUAAAGCUUUGAAAUUGUUGCAACAAACUGAUCAGCCACAAACUUCAGCAUAAAACAAAAGCCCUGUUCUGACUGCCUAUUCAAUGUAAUGUAUUAUAUAUAUAUAUAUACAACCCUGUGACGUCUCACCUUCAGUAUGAAGGUUACAGAGCCUUAUGGGGGGAUGAAUUGAUCCUACAUUAGCUGUUGAAGAUAGUUAUAGAGGCGUUACAGGGGUUAGACAGGAUCUGCGGUGCCAGCAGGGGAGUACAGCGCUGUGUGUGUGUCGAGCCCCCGCCUUUUCUCUAGACAUUGUUUGGUUCGUUUCAGCGCUGUUGUGGAAUCCCACUCUGAACAAGGCUAAUGAUGCGUGACGUAGUAAUGUUGACAAUCAUCAAUUGAAUUGAAUAGAUCCACCCAGAAAUGGCCCUCACAUUACCAUAUCCAGCUUCUGAAUACUAUCAAACGCUAGAACUGAUAACCAGUUAGUUACCAGUAUGGGAUCGGUGCAUCACUAGUUUAAAAAAAAAAUGUUACUGUAGCUCUCAUGUUACUGAAAUCAUCUGUGGGCCAUUGUCAUCAAUAACCAGUACAGAGUGUAGAGCUUUGAUGAAAAAACUUUUGAUGUCCGAGUUGCUUCUACAAGUGCCACAUUGUUUUACACCUGCAGGACUUCCUGUGUACUCACUCUUGGCCUGUAACUACAGUGGCAGUGAAAGAGUUAACCAUGUGAUAUUUAUUGUUGACAUUUCUCAGUCUUGCUGCUGUCGAGAUCUAUAAACGUUCUUGUCUGUGAAAGAUGAUCAGGUGUGGAUGGUGAUUGUUUAAUGUGUGCGUCUGCAGUCGUGAAAAUUGUGUUGCAAUAAAAGUCCAUACAGAUC